UAGACAGUAUUGUUUUCGGAGUCCGUGGCCAUGCUUGUGAAAACCCCGUUUAUAUAAGACACAUACAGACACUGUUAUUUACACGCUUGUGAUAGGUAUUCAGUUUGUGGAAAGUUAUUCACAUCGCACUUUUAAGCUUUCAUAAUUGAAUUAACGAGCAAACAUCUUGAUAACAGAAAUGGCAGAGGAUUUUGAUGUUGAAGCCAUGUUGGAAGCUCCGUAUAAGAAAGGAGAUGACGGGUCGAGCAGCAAGACGGCUUCACAGCGGGAGAAUGGGACGUCGAGCAGUCACAAGUCAUCUGGAAAACUGUUCUGUACUAUGCAGUGCAAUAGUAGUGUGAUUGGUGAGUAUGGAGUGGUUACUUGUCUUGGCAGCUGCAACAUGCUGCCUUGGUUUAUAAGUAGACCCAGUCUUAAUUUAUCGUACCAUGCUUUGGGGAAUGUGAUAAAAAAUGACACCAGGAAGAGCAAGCACCGCAGCCGAUCUCGUGAAGGGCGGCGCAGCAGAAGCCGGUCCCACCAUCAUGAGCGAGAUCGCCAGCGUGAGAAGGAUCGCUCAGAGCGUCAGCACAGCAGGAGUCGAUCUCAUCAUUGUGAAAAGCAUGGGGAACGACGCAAGAGUAAAGAAAAGGAAACACAACAUCAUUCUCGAGACAGAGAGAGGGAGAGAACACGUGAGCGUAAGAAGAAAUCUCUCUCACCUAUCCUGCUGCCACGUGCUAGGGACAAGUUUCCAUUUAAGAAAGGAUCUCCACCUCUUGGCCUCUUUGUGAACCAUUAUACUCUGUACUGUGGUUGGACCACAUACUUUUCUGAGUCAACAAUGUUACCCUACUACUUAAAACCAAAACAGUUUGUCUUCAGAACAAACAUCUUGAUAACAGAAAUGGCAGAGGAUUUUGAUGUUGAAGCCAUGUUGGAAGCUCCGUAUAAGAAAGGAGAUGACGGGUCGAGCAGCAAGACGGCUUCACAGCGGGAGAAUGGGACGUCGAGCAGUCACAAGUCAUCUGGGAAGAGCAAGCACCGCAGCCGAUCUCGUGAAGGGCGGCGCAGCAGAAGCCGGUCCCACCAUCAUGAGCGAGAUCGCCAGCGUGAGAAGGAUCGCUCAGAGCGUCAGCACAGCAGGAGUCGAUCUCAUCAUUGUGAAAAGCAUGGGGAACGACGCAAGAGUAAAGAAAAGGAAACACAACAUCAUUCUCGAGACAGAGAGAGGGAGAGAACACGUGAGCGUAAGAAGAAAUCUCUCUCACCUAUCCUGCUGCCACGUGCUAGGGACAAGUUUCCAUUUAAGAAAGGAUCUCCACCUCUUGGCCUGAGGCCAGUAGAUGAGCUUUCUCCUGAGGAACGAGACGCCCGAACAGUAUUUUGUAUGCAGUUAUCCCAACGAAUUAGGGCUAGAGACCUGGAAGAAUUCUUCUCUUCUGUUGGGAAGGUUCGGGAUGUUAGAUUAAUCACAUGUAACAAGACAAGGAGAUUCAAAGGAAUUGCUUAUGUUGAGUUCAAGGAUCCAGAAUCAGUUCCUCUGGUAAGUUUCUGCUCAAAUCAUGUUUGGCCAUUGUGCAUACAAUUCCACAAUGCAGAUGAUGCAAAGAAAGCCCUGGAACAACUGAAUGGAUUUGAGCUGGCAGGACGACCAAUGAAAGUAGGAAAUGUAACUGAGCGCUCUGACUCGGCGCAGGGUCCUUCAAUUCUGGAUAGUGACGAACUUGAUAGGACAGGUAUUGACUUAGGUGCCACAGGUCGCCUGCAGCUGAUGUUUAAACUUGCAGAAGGUACUGGCCUACAAAUACCUCAGGCAGCAGCAACUGCAUUGAAUCUUAACCCUGCAGGAAGUUUGCCAAUCCAGCAACCAACACCUCCUAUAGCUACACAGUGUUUUAUGCUUGCCAAUAUGUUUGACCCUGCCAUGGAAACAAACCCAACAUGGGAUGUGGAAAUUCGUGAUGAUGUUAUUGAGGAAUGUAAUAAGCAUGGUGGAGUUCUUCAUGUAUAUGUAGACAAAGCUUCACCUCAGGGAAAUGUGUAUGUGAAAUGCCCAUCAAUAGCCACAGCUGUCGCAGCUGUUAAUUCACUGCAUGGUCGAUGGUUUGCUGGGCGAGUCAUCACAGCAGCUUAUGUGCCCCUCAUCAACUAUCACAGUUUAUUUCCUGAUGCAAUGACAGCACUGCAGCUGUUGAUGCCAUCAGCAGCCCGUAGAGGACUCUGAGAGUUUUGUAUUGAAGUGCAAAUCACUGUAAAUCUCAGAAUCCAAACAGUAGAUGGAACCCAUUUCUUUGUGCCAUUUUCAUGUGCAAAAUGGGAUGCCAUGUAAAGAAACUGCAAACCUCAUGAGAUGACUUGGACCUCCUCCUACUUGUUUGCACAUUUCAGAACAACUGUUACUCCAAAUGUACAUUUUUAACUUUGUGUAGAGAUUUGUGGUACUAUUGAUUAAUUUUUUCACUAUUUAAAAAUGUGAACUGGAUUGUGUAUGAAAAGCUGAUAUGAUCUUGUACAGACAUUAAAUUUGAACAUGUGGAGAUAUAUAUAUAUAUAAAGUUUUUAGUGUCUUUUAAUUUGAACAGGCAAGACUGGUGAUGCAGAUUGGGAGUGUUUCUGCAAAUUACUUUUUAAUUUGGUGGAUGUAAUGGUAUAGUGUGAUGAGUGUAAGAUUAUUCAAACCGAAGAGUGAAAUUACAUUUGAGGUGUUAUUGAUGUCGAUUAUUAUUUCCGUGGAUUGUAAUUUUUCUUUUUCAUUGUUAAUGAAAUCUACUUGAGGUAACAGCUGUGUGAUAUGGCAAAAACUUGUUUUUACCAUUUAACGUGGCUGAUAGUCCAAGAUGAUUUUAUUAAUUUGGUUUGUAAUGAAUGUUUUAGAUGAUGCAUUUUCAUUGUUGUUUACUUCCAUAUUAAAGAAAAGACAAUUGCAAUAUAAUCACAUUCUGUAGUA